CGGGCGGCCUCGCCCUCGGCGGCGGCGGUGGCGGGCUGGGACAGCGUGGGCGAGACGGAUGUUCUGUACCCGGCAGACGCAGACGCCCCAUCCCCCGCCGCCGGCAACGGCAGCAGCAGCAGCAGCAGCCUGCGCCUGGAGAUCGUGGUGGCGCACCGCACGGGCUGGUCGCUGGACACGGCGCAGGCCGACCUGGGGCGCCUGCUCAACCUGUCUGCCAUCUCCACGCUGGCGCCGUCGGUGACGCUGUAUGUCAAGGGGGACGACACUGAUGUGGCCGCCCUGAAGGAGCGCUGGGCCUUUGCGCCGCAGCUGAACGUUAUCAAGCAGGAGGAUGUGGGCGGCGCGCCGCACAGCUUCCUGACGCACAUGGUGCAGCGGUAUGAUACCCUGGCGGGCCACACGCUCUUCUUCUCCUCCGCCCACCACCUGGACGAUGCCUUCAUGCGCCUCGAGCGCCUGCUGCUCCUCACUCCAGCCGACCUCUCAGGGACACGCCUCCUCAGGCUUGCCAGCCCCGUGCCUCCCUUUCUUUCCUUGCGCAGCUGUGUGAGGGGGUGCGGCUUCCAGGGGACGCUCAUGGGCCUGCGAGACAUGUUCCACUUCAUGAGCAAGCGGUUCUGCCACCUGCAAACCGGCGAGGCCUUCUCCCACUUUGCCCGCAACCAGUUUGUGGUGUCGCGGCGCCGCAUCCGCGCGAGGCCGCUCCGCUUCUUCGAGCAGCUGCUCCAGCUGCUGGGGCCCGACAUGCUGCCCAGGGGGGACGCCUCCUUCCUGCAAGACCCAGCCGACAUGCAGCGCUGGGCGACUGCCGCGUCGCCUGCAGACCCGUUGUUUGGCCAGGCGAGUGUCGACAUCCCCUACCCAGUGUGCGACCCCAGCCAGUGCCAGUGCCUGGACGACCCAGCGGCGCGCCGCCUGCGGAACGGCUUCUUCCCGCUGCCCAUCAAACGCUCCAGCUGA